AUGAUGGUUGCUUGUAAAUUGGAGUGCCACACACCGCAAAAUGACCCCAUUGUCGUUGGUGGCCACAAGGAUGUUAUUCAGCGCGGUCCAAAGGCUGCGGACGAUGUCGCAACUAUCACGAAGAAAUCCACCGGGUGGGAAGUGCUCAUGUACCUUGGGAUGGCACUGCGGAUUAACGAGACGAUGUGCGCAUUGGCUGCGAUAGCGCCAUCCGUUGUGGCGAUUUUGUGCCUUGAGGGGGAGCAUUCUGGUGUUUGGAUAUAUCUGGAAAAGAAAGAAAACAGGCUUUUAUUGGAGGCAAUCCACGAGGAGCUUCAGAAGACGAGUGCUCAUACGCAUGGCUGUAAUCAAGUCAUGGACAGAACUCGCUGGGUAGUCUGUUUGAUUGAUGUAACCGACGGGAUGUGCCUACCCUGCGUGGCAGACAUUAAAAUUGGGUACAUCCGUCACUCCCCACACACGCCACCGGAGAAAUUGGAGCGUAUCAAAAAGAAGCGUCUGGUUCAGCCGCUCGCCCUUCGGCUGUGUGGUGCCCUUCACUACUUUUACCGCACCGUUUCUAAUGAACAACAUAUUGAAAAGGAAAUAUGCGGAAAGGACAUGGGGUAUCUCUUGCAUACAAGCGAAGAUCAUCGCGAUUGUUUUCAGGCUUUUUUCUCAUCCACAGUCAGCAUGAGCCCUGAUGGGACAGGAACUAGACGCGAUGACAGUGACAUUUUCUUUGCACGGCUACGCGCCUGUCGUAAACAGAUUGAGAGAAUUCUUUUGUUUUUUAACAGUUCGCUGGGUUGUGCGCUGUUGGAAAGGACCGCCUUUGUUUCAACAUCUCUUCUGCUGGUGUACGAUGCCGCGAACUGCGUGCAUAAAAACGUUGUUAGCAAGGACACUGCCGAUGUUCAAGUGUACCUGAUUGACUAUGCUCGAGUGUGUGACCGACGCCUGAACUUUUCGGAGGAAAAAAUUGGCUUUAUGCGUGGAUUAGAAAACAUUAUUCGUCUUUUUUCGUAA